UGGGACGAGUACGCGUGGCGAACCUCGAAGCUGUCCAAGACCAACCGCUCCUCAGAGAGCUACUUGUUCAUUUGGCCUGGGAAGACUCACGAGAUUCUCCAUGCGUCAUUGAUGAAGGCUGAUGAGGAAACAAUCACCAGCGAAAUGGUGGUGCUGGACAGCGUCUGGGUUAGGAAGUGGAAGUGCCGCCCAGACGGCCAUCGUCGGAUGAACUUUGCGUCCGAGGUUGCUUCGACAACCAGCGGGACACCCAGUCAACCCAUUCGACUCGAGGCUGAGUCAGCGAAUCUUGGUCUCCCCACUGCAGUGAACGACGACCGCGACGCGGAGAGUUGGGACGCGUCAGGUGCGCUCUUGAAGGGCCUCGGGUUCGAGAAGGUCAUUAUCAUUGCGCCGGCCAACAUGUGGAGACGUCUGGCUAAGUUUGAUGCUUCCUUCAAGAUCAACUUCGACCG